UGGAAGGGUGACUGUACACUCUGGAUAUCGUUCAGAGCUGCUUUGGCAAACCAGAAGUUACUGAAAAUGUCGAGCAGGUAUCAUAAAGCAGCAGCCGAUGGCAAUUUGGAUCUCUUGAAAGAAGCCACUAGGAAAGACCUGAAUACUUCAGAUGAGGAUGGGAUGACACCCACCCUUCUGGCAGCAUACCAUGGUUAUCUAGAAGCUCUGGAAGUCAUAUGCCGGAGGGGAGGCGAUCCAGACAAAUGUGACAUCUGGGGGAACACACCUCUCCACCACGCUGCUUGCAAUGGUCACAUCCCUUGUGUUUCUUUUUUGAUCAACUUUGGUGCAAACAUCUUUGCUCUGGACAAUGACCUUCGCACCCCCCUGGAGGUGGCUGCCAGCAGAGACCGCAAUGAAUGUGUCCAAAUCCUGGACAAAGCAGCCACCGAGCAGAACAUGCUGAAUCCAAAGAAGGUCUCCAAACUCAAAGCGCAAGCCCAGAGGAACGUGGAGAAACAAAUCAAGGAAUGCGAGAAGCGCCAAGAGAAACACCAGCAUGAAAUGAACCAGAAUUAUAUGAAAGAAAAGGUUGGCACAGCAAAUUCUUCCAGAGGGACACACUCCAGAGUAAAGUUGCCUAGUCUCUUUGCUUCAAAUACAACAAGUUCUUUCUCCAAAAAUCUGAAAGAUACCUUCAAACUGAAGGCAAAAAAGAUAGCUGACAGCACAAAAAGUCAGGAAAGCAACGCCCAAGAGAAUGGUACGGGUAGGAGAACUGUGAUGCAUUUUUUUGAUGAGAAAGAAGAGGAUGAAUUACUGAAUGAGCCUGGAGAGAAAAGCUUUUCUGAUAAUGACAGUCAACUCUCCAUUUUUAAGCGGCCAGGUCUUGGCAAGAUUGUAUUUGGAAGGAAUUUGGCUGCGGAUGUAAAUCCUGAAACUGUGUCUUCUGAGAAAGAAAACACAAGCUUUAAAAUGUCCAGUGAGCUCUUUCAGUUUGAAAAUGCUGAAAAUGGCAGGGAAGAUGAUGCUGAAAAUGGUGCUGAUAUCUCUUGGUACGAGGAAGAAGUCAUUUGGGAUGACGAGGAAGCAGAGAGCACACCCCUUGAGGUAUUUCUGGCAUCGCAGAUGCUGGAUGAGUUUCUUCCAGUCUUCAUGAGGGAAAAAAUUGAUUUAGAUGCCCUAAUGCUAUGUUCUGAUGAGGACCUACAGAGCAUUCAGAUGGAACUUGGGCCAAGAAAGAAAGUCUUGAAUGCAGUAAAUAAAAGAAAACAGGCACUCAAGAACCCUGGAAAGACUGUAGACACUUGUUUAUAAAUUAAGAUACCUGCUGAUGUAACCUGCACACUGAUUCAUUAUCUUUUCCUCUUUCCAAAGAACAUGCAAUUCUUUUCAGAAGUCUGCUAAAGCAAAGAGCAGAAAAGUUACCAAUUGCUUUAGAAAGUACAGCAAGGACAAAGAUUUUUCUCUCUGAAUAGAUAGCUGUGAUGAACAGGAUAUUAAUUCCAGCAUAAUCUGCCAAAAAGAAAGAAUGUGAAGACAAAACCCCAAAAGCUACGGAUUCAAAGCUUUUUCUCCCUGAACUGUUUAUAGGGAUUGGGUUUCUUUUGGUCUGAAUAAUCUAAAACAUUAGUGAAGACCAGCCACACUACAUUCCUUAAUAAAGCCCAUCCUUUCUUCUCCAAAACCACAAUGCAAAGAACAUUCUUGAAGCUGGAGAGCUUUGAGUUUUCUUCAUUCACUUCUGUCCAAGUCCUACAAACUGCUCUUCCUGGUAGUGAUGAUAUGUUAGAAAUAGGACCUGAACCUUGAUUAUUGACUCAAAUAACCUCUGAAUGAAUGUAAAUAAGAUCAGUUUACAGCAAGUUUUAUGUUCUUGUCAGUAACAUGUUUUCCUAUUGUAUUGAUACUAAUUUAAAAAAUACAUGAAGCAUCUUGCCAAGAGA